GCGGGAGUUUCCCGGAUGUUGUGAUGGCCGUUUGAUUUGUUUACAUCCAAAGUUGUGUGCUCUGUUUCUCUUGAGAAUAGAUCAUUUCUUCAAAAGAACAGAAUGGAAGACUCAUACAAUACAACUUUUUCGCCACACAUUUUGGGAGGGAAGAGCCCUACAAAGCGCCCUCUAUACAGGAACCAGGAGGAAUCCGUGAACUUGACAGCCUACCAUGACUAUCCAACAAAGCCUUUCAUCAAUGAUGAUUAUCGCUUUGAUCCGGCCAAACCCGUCAAACCAUUCCCAGAAAACAAUAGAACAGCUGUUAUAUCAGCGCUAAAGAAUCUCCAAGAAAAAAUUCGGAAACUGGAGGUGGAGCGAGGGACAGCAGAAAAUAAUCUGAAAUCUCUCGCUGCGGAGACAACAAAAUACAAAAACAUCCUACAGAAGGAACCACAAAAUACACCCGGCCAGUCAACUGUGUCCAAAAAUACUCAAGAACUUGAGACACAGUUAACAGCUGCUGAAACUAGGAGUCAGCUGUUGGAGAAACAGCUGGAUUACAUGAGGAGGAUGGUACAAACGGCAGAAAAUGACCGACAGGAGGCGGUCAUCAAGGCCGCUGUAACUGACCGAGUAGACAAGGUCAUACAACCCUCACCACAACCCGGCCCCUCCCCCGAAUAUCUCAGGCAGCGAGAAAAACUAAUGGAACUCGAGAGGGAGCAUCUCAGACUCACAGCAUCUCAGACACUGUCAGAGAACAAAAUCCGAGAGUUGGAGGAAAAACUCCAGGAAGAGAGACAUCGCCGUAGGUUAAUGGAGGAUAAAACCGUAGAACAAGAAUCCCUAGCAGAGUCAGCUCGAAUAUUAAGGAAUGCAGAAAGCAUCGAUAGAUUAACACAGAAAGCAAAGAAAACGAAAAAACGGCGCAAAGCAUCAGCAAACAAGAAACAGAAACAGGCGCCACCCACAGACCACAGCAAGCAUUACAGACUCAAUCUUGCCGACAUCCCAUUUGUAGCAGGAAAAUCCCUGACAGCUAGUCACUCAGUAGGAGCCAAUGUACAGCGUGUGCUCUCCUUGAUGAAGUCCCACAACAUGGCCCUGUGUAAUGGAAUGGACCACCACUCUAGAUCCUCCAGCCCUUCCUCUGGAUCCUCCAGCUCGGGUAGCAUCGACACAGACCUAGCUGAGCUCCUACUACAGCUACAGGACGAGUUUGGUCAGAUGAGCUGCGAGCACCAGGAGCUGUCCCACGAGAUCAGCGAGGCCACGGAUCCCCAGAUCAGGGAGGACCUGGAAAGGGAACUUGAUGCGCUUGUGACGCGAAUGGAGAGCAAGAGUCAGCAAAUUUCUAAAAUACGACGACAUCAAAAUAAAAUAGAUCAAAAGAAGAAGAAAAAGAAAACAGUAGACCCGUCUAAGCGACGGUCAGCCUCGGCGAAUGCAUACAGCCACCAGAACGGUGAAGUGGAAGUGACCACAACAAUAAAAACUCGUGGCCGCUCAGCGGGAGUCGUUCAUGUACAACCUACGAAUGCCAGGGAGGUGUCAUUGAAUGUGUUAAAAGACAUGAAAAAAUUACAAACCACGUUACGAAAAGAUGAUUUAGCCUGGGAGUAGCCAGAUUUGAUAUUAUGGAUUUUAUCUUUGUUUUUCCAUUUGCGACUGUGAUACUGCAUGGCCUGUGCUCUUUUUUGGGGGGGGGGG